GUGACGGGACUCAAACUCCCAGAAUACCUUGCCCCAUAAAGGAAUUUCCGAGGACAUUGUUCAAAGUGAGGAUAGCUGAGCGAGAUGGAUAACCGAUUUGCCACAGCCCUUGUGAUAGGAAGUGUUCUGUCUCUGCUGUCAGUGAUCUACCUCGCUGCUGCCGUAGGUACAGCCUCCUGGUACCAAUACUUCACCCCAUCCACUUACUCCAACUACAGUGGCACCUCAACAGAAGAUUUCUUGAAGGACCCAGAAAACACAGAUGAGAAGGCUUAUACUGACGCUCUCUUCCACUAUAAUGGCAGUUUUGGCCUGUGGCAAAGAUGCAUCACUGUAGCACAGUCUACCUGGUACCAACAAUCCGAAACAGAUUCUAACGCAGUUUCUCAUUGUGUGAUGUGGUCGUGGUCUGAUCAGUUCUUUGUUAAAUAUGAAGAACCGGGAAAUCAUAAUACAGAGGUGGACAUAGUAAGGACAUAUUUGUGGCGUUGUCAGUUUAUACUCCCAUUGGUUGCCCUUGGGCUGAUAUUCUUAGGAGCUCUUAUUGGCUUGGCUGGCUGUGUGUGCCAUAGUCUUGGCCCUGCUUUGGGGACUGGUAUCCUUCACUUAUUAGCAGGACUAUGUACACUGGGCUCUAUUGUGUGCUUUUCCAGAGGCGUGCACAUGCUUGAGAAGAGGUUGCCACCUCCAGCGGGAAUACGGGGAGAGUAUGGUUGGUCCUUCUGCUUGGCCUGCGUUUCUUCACCACUGCAGAUCAUGGCUGGAGCCCUCUUCCUGUGGGCAGUGCGAGCAAGCAGACGAGAGUAUUCCCUUAUGAAGGCAUAUCGUGUGGCAUGAAUAAGGGUUGGGUGAGGGGAGGAUAAUAUGUACAUAUAUCUAUAUACAUAUUGUAUAUAGUGUUUAUAAAUGUGUCUGAUGCAUAUUUCAAUAUUAUGAAAACGUCAGACACUAAUAAACCUAUGGGCAUACACAUAUUCACAUGUAUACCUAUGGUAUGAACUGGUACCAUUUGCAGAAAUUAUCAACUGUUUCGGAAAACGUUAGUUUUUGACUAAACUUUAUUUUAAAAUCUGCUUCUAUGUUUACGUAUAACAGACUUUUAUCAAUGGCUACAAUACUAGAAUUUUUAUAUGUGUCUACUGUUUAAAACAAUUACAUCAACCUAAGGGAAAUUAUUUAUGUUCAGUUGUGUUGCACUGAUAUGGCCGCCGCUAUUUUUAGUCUGCACCCUCCUACUGCAUUGCACAGGGACACUUUACAGAGAAGCAAAUGUGUUGUUUGUGAUGUAUGUUUUUAUUUGUAUAUUAUUUUACAAUAUUAUCUUUUUAUGUCUCUUAUCGUCAUAUUUAAACAAUGUUGAAGAGCACAGUGCUGUAUGACAUGUUGUGUUAUUUCUCAGCUCAGUGUUCUUUAUAGUUAUUUGAAUAAACUAUUUUAAAACCUUUUUUUAAUCUAAA